AUGGUAGAUGUCAAGCAUACAUGUUCCAUCUAUAAAUCAAAUUCUGACUACACCUCCAAUAUGUGUUUUUGCGGGAUGUGCUCUUGCAACUCUGGUUCGAAAUCAGUCGGGUCACAAUCCGUUGAGAACCUGGUGUACGAAAUUGUCAAACCGAGCUUUCCUUGCGGUGAGAAGCUCAGCAAUAGAAGAUGCUUCCGCAGAGCUUCAAAGAUCCUUCUCAUCGGAUCCUCGGGGUGUGGGAAAUCGACCGUGAUCAAAAAGCUACGGAUGCGGUUCGGUCGAGACAUUUCUUCUCGCGAAAAAGAGGAAACCCGUCUUGUUGUUUACGAAAACAUAUACAGUGCUCUUGCAUGUGCUAUUCGUGAACUACAAGCCCAGGGCCGUCUCCUGGACAAUGCGGAUGAUGGGGUCAUUCAAACAUUCUGGAGCAAUCAGGAGUUCGGAAUGACCCAAAGUCGAUGGAACUGCGAAUUGCUCCUAUCAAUGCGGGAAUUGUGUCACAGAGCAAUUGUUCUGGCCACUGCUCUUCGAUUCAUCAAUCCGGAGAGCUAUCUCAGAAUGUUUCUUUCUUCCUACAGCCACGUUCUCCAGCCCGAGUGGAAUCCUACCGAAACAGACGUAAUACAAUGCUACGUCCCAACCAAGUCGUUGAGUGGUGCAUGGAUCAGCAAAGACCUCAUAGCAUUGGAGGCCAAUACUAAACAUACGACGCAAAAAGAAUUGUCCAAGAUUAUGCCAUUAGUUGACGGUAUUGUGUGCGUCGCGGAUAUCUCAACUCUCGACUACCGAUAUAUGGUAGACCCCGGGAAAUCUCAAUUCAAUGAAUCGCUGGGCCUUCUCGAGGAAGUCCUAGGCAGCCGGGGUCCCCAGCGGAAGCCGAUCCAGCUCUUACUGAACAAAACCGAUAUACUGCGCAGGAAGCUAAAGCACCUGGGAGUAUCCUUGUAUUCCGAGGGCGGACUCUUGCAAUACUUCCCUGGUUCGGCUGAAUCCGUUGCCAAGUGCUUCAAGGAGCACUUGGGAUAUUGCGACGAGUAUUAUCUACGGGAGAUUUGUGCUCUGGACGCAACAUGGAUGAACCACAUUUUCAAGGUGUGGCGCGAAAUGAUGUUCAAAUCAAAGCUUCUUGCUGCAGGUGUUAUGUGA